UCUUCAUCCUGUUGGAGAGUUGGUUGUGAUGAGUAGGGAGAUCUGAGAAGAGAGAGAGAGAGAGAGAGAGAGAGAGAGAGAAGAAUGGGGGCAACUCCUCACUCCAACGGGAACGGUUCAAUAUUGGAUCAGGAAAAUGGCACUCUAUCAUCCCCCGGCAGCGCCACCCAUGCCAUAUCAUCAUCGGUGGACUUCGGGACGAUAGAGGCGGUGGAGUACGUGCGCUCGCUGACGGACGUGGGGGCCAUGACGCGGCUGCUGCAUGAGUGCAUCGCCCACCAGAGGGCCCUUGACGUCCAGCUCGACGACCUCCUCUCCCAGCGCGGCGACCUCGACCGCCACCUCCUCCACCUCCAGCGCUCAUCUGAGGUUCUGGAUAUUGUCAAGUCUGAUUCAGACCACAUGCUCUCUAACGUCUCAUCCACUUGCGACCUCGCCGAUGACGUCAGCCGUAAGGUCCGGGAGCUCGACAUCGCACAGUCGCGAGUCCGCUCCACGCUCCUCCGUAUCGACGCCAUCGUAGAGAGGGCCAACUGCCUCGACGGUGUCCACCGCGCUCUCGAAAACGAGGACUAUGAGGCUGCUGCGAAGUACGUGCAGACGUUCCUCCAGAUCGACUCUCAGUACAAGGAUUCCGCCUCCGAUCAGAGGGAGCGCUUGAUGGGCGCCAAGAAGCAGCUCGAAGGGAUCGUCCGGAAGAAGCUCUCCGCCGCUGUGGACCAGCGUGACCACCCUUCCAUUCUGAGGUUCAUUCGGUUGUAUACGCCACUGGGUUUGGAGGAGGAGGGUUUGCAGGUUUACGUUGGGUACUUGAAGAAGGUGAUUGCGAUGCGUUCGAGGCUGGAAUUUGAGCAGUUGGUGGAGUUGAUGGAGCAGAAUAGUGCCGGUGGCAUCAAUGCUGGUAUGAAUCAGAGCCCUGUUAACUUCGUUGGGUGUUUGACUAAUUUGUUUAAGGACAUUGUGUUGGCAAUUGAAGAGAACAGUGAGAUCUUGAGUAGUCUGUGUGGAGAGGAUGGGAUUGUGUAUGCGAUCUGUGAGCUCCAGGAGGAGUGUGAUUCGAGGGGUUCUGUGAUCUUGAAAAAGUAUAUGGAGUAUAGGAAGUUGGCUAAGUUGUCCACUGAGAUCAAUGCUCAGAACAACAAUUUGCUAGCUGUUGGAGGAAGCCCUGAGGGACCGGACCCGCGAGAGGUUGAAUUGUACUUGGAAGAGAUCCUCUCGCUGAUGCAGUUGGGUGAGGAUUACACCGAGUUCAUGAUUUCCAAGAUCAAAGGACUUACUUCUGUUGAUCCUGAAUUGGUCCCGCGUGCAACCAAGGCUUUCAGGAGUGGUAGUUUCAGCAAAGUGGCUCAGGAUCUUACUGGGUUUUAUGUGAUUCUGGAGGGAUUCUUCAUGGUGGAAAAUGUCAGGAAGGCUAUCAGGAUCGAUGAACAUGUACCUGACAGCCUUACCACUUCUAUGGUAGACGAUGUGUUUUAUGUGUUGCAAAGUUGCUUAAGAAGGGCAAUAUCCACUGCUAAUAUCAGUUCUGUUGUGGCGGUUUUGAGUGGGGCCAGUAGUUUGUUGAGCAAUGAAUAUCAGGAAGCCUUGCAACAGAAAACAAGAGAGCCGAACCUUGGUGCAAAGUUGUUCUUUGGUGGUGUUGGUGUGCAGAAGACUGGGACAGAAAUUGCAACGUCUUUAAAUAAUAUGGAUGUUAGCAGUGAAUAUGUUUUGAAGCUCAAGCACGAAAUUGAGGAACAAUGUGCUGAGGUUUUUCCUGCGCCAGCUGACCGAGAAAAGGUGAAAUCUUGUUUGUCUGAGUUGGCAGAUAGCAGCAAUGCUUUCAAGCAAGCUCUGAAUGCCGGUAUUGAGCAACUUGUUGCAACCAUUACGCCACGAAUACGACCCGUAUUAGACAGUGUAGGAACAAUCAGCUAUGAGCUUUCGGAGGCGGAGUAUGCAGAUAAUGAGGUGAAUGACCCUUGGGUUCAAAGACUUCUCCAUGCUGUGGAGACAAAUGUGGCAUGGAUGCAGCCAUUGAUGACUGUUAACAAUUAUGACACUUUUGUUCAUUUGGUUAUCGACUUCAUUGUGAAAAGGCUUGAAGUCAUUAUGAUGCAGAAGAGAUUUAGUCAGCUUGGUGGCCUUCAGCUUGACAGAGAUGCUAGAGCUCUUGUAAGCCAUUUCAGCGUCAUGACACAGAGAACUGUUAGAGACAAGUUUGCCCGUCUUACACAAAUGGCAACCAUUCUAAAUUUAGAAAAGGUUUCUGAGAUCUUAGAUUUCUGGGGUGAGAACUCGGGACCUAUGACUUGGAGAUUAACUCCAGCAGAGGUUAGGCGUGUAUUGGGUCUACGGGUUGAUUUCAAGCCGGAAGCCAUAGCUGCUCUUAAGUUGUGAUACCAAUCUAUAUGGUCUCUGCACAUUCUUCUUUCCUUUAGUUAUUUUAUUAAAAGAAAAAUCUUCCAGAUAAGUAUUAUAUAUUCAUCCCUAUUGUUGUUAAUUUUUA